UAUGGCAGAUGAAGAAGGUCACGUCCUUUCCGGUAUCAACAGUUACCGGCAAUCCCACAAGUUACCAGCCCUAACGAAGCAGGACAAGGCAGAUUGUCUAGCCAAUGAAAUUGCAGAUGAGUUGGAAAACCAACCAUGCCCGAGUGGCGGCAUUACUCCCGCUCCGGCAUCUGAUCAAUUUGCUCAGUACCCCAAACUUUUAGACAAGUGCGACAUUGACAUUAACACAACAGCUGAAGGCGUUAUCCUCCCGGUUUGCGUCCACAAUCGUGUUGCGACCCUAGUGCUAACGAACUAUACUCAGUCUCGGCAUGCGGGGUACCUUAACAAUUCUAAGUAUACUGGAGCUGGAAUUGGCACUGAGAAAGACUGGACUGUUGUUGUCUUGACCACGAAUACUGUCGCUGGUAGCUUUACUAGUGGAGUUACUAGUAGUGUGUUUGGUAUGAGUACUAUUCAUUAUUAUUUGAUGUUUGUGUUGUUAGGUCUCUUCCUAGCUAGCUAGUUAAUUAUGUCCAUUUAUUGAUGUAACUGGUAUUUAUGUUGGUCCUUAAUUAUCUAUAUCG